AUGGGCCAUCAAAUCAUCUCCGGUGGCUGUCACCCAGCGGAGCAGAAAAACGGCGACUUUGCGGCUCUCCGGCAGCUGUCACCCGACGGAGAGGAGCUGGAUAGAGGUGGGGCACGUGUCAUGGAGUUUCAUCCUUAGGUCCGCGCAGUAAGAGGAGACUCUUCAUUGCAUCUGGUACGCUCUCAGGAGGUGGCGACUUAUCUCUCGGCGGAUCGUCUUCUUCCUGACAAUGGCUUGUUCGUCGAUCAAUCGGAGAUGAUUUACUCAAUGGAUUUGCGAUCCUUUUAUCGCGAAUCCUUCAGCAAUUUUAGUAACAAUGCUCUGCGAAUCGCAUUGACGAGAUUUUUACCGAUGAUCCAACGAUUCUAGUUGCUUAAUCCUUCACCGGCGAUAUGCAGGAAAGUCGCGAUAAUUAGAUAAAAAUAUAAGUUUUUGCUCUAGGAGGAAUUGAACCUGCGCCGGUUGCCCCCCCUAUCUAGGGAAGGUGACGCAGGUUUAGUCCCACAUCAGUUGUGCGCCGAAGUUUAUGGCGAAUAUAAAGUAAUACUAGAUUCGCGAUCAAGCACGCGUGUACGACCACUCCUUGCCCCACAGCCGGCUGGCCACCGGUGACGUGGAAGGGGAGUGA